AAAAAAAAAAAAUAUCAAAGAAAAUCAAGUGUCUUCUGACGUAAUAAAAGUAUGCACACGUUCUUUUAGUACGACAGAACAUUUGUCCUCUGGAACAAAUGUCGUCACCUGUGACGUCCUUUGGGCGUUCUUUAGAACAACGAAACGGCGUUUACGUCGUCGGUGGGCAUUCCUUUCAUGACAAGAGCCUUCAACACAGACAGACGAUAUCUGAAAUGUGUAGUCCAACUUCUGGGCCCUAGCUAAUGAAGACCCUGUGAGGUGUAAACGCUUCCGUGUAUUGGGUAGCUUUCUGCCUCUUGUCAGCUUUAAUGUCUUGUAAUCUUUGAUGUCAUUUCACUUCCCCUUUCUCCCUUUGUUUCGAUGUGCUUUAACUUUUUUCAAUGUCAGCGCUGGCUUUCCGGUGCGAAAUCGUCGGCGUGGAGUUGUCUUGAGUAGCUCGGAUGGAGUGACGGAUCGAUGGCGUCCUACCAUUGGCCAGGUGUGGUCGACCGGUCGCGGCCUAGACUCCUCGUAGGUCCGCAGGACUGCUAUUAAAUAGGAUCAGGCAAGAGAACAGUCAUUCGUUUCUUCGCUCUAAUCCUAGUCGAGAAGAACAUCGCACCUGCCUGUAUCAUGUCUGGACGCGGCAAAGGAGGCAAGGGUCUCGGAAAGGGAGGCGCCAAGCGUCACCGCAAGGUGCUUCGCGACAACAUCCAGGGCAUUACCAAGCCCGCCAUCCGUCGUCUGGCUCGCCGAGGCGGCGUCAAGCGCAUCUCCGGCCUCAUCUACGAGGAGACCCGAGGUGUUCUCAAGGUCUUCCUGGAGAACGUGAUCCGCGACGCAGUGACCUACACCGAGCAUGCCAAGCGCAAGACCGUCACCGCCAUGGACGUUGUCUACGCUCUCAAACGCCAAGGCCGCACCCUCUACGGCUUCGCAUCGUCCCCGAAGAAGGCCAAGAAGCCCGCGGCGCCCAAGGCCCCGGCAGCUCACCCGCCCACCACCGUCAUGGUUACGGCGGCCGUGGAAGCGCUCAAGGACCGCACCGGUUCUUCUCUGUCGGCUAUCAAAAAGUACAUCGCUGGCAACUACAAGUUUGACGUGGAGAAGAAAGCGCACUUCAUAAAGCGCGCCCUGAAAACCUUGGUGGAGAAGGGUACCCUCCUACAGGUUAAAGGGACCGGAGCGUCGGGGUCCUUCAAGAUCAACGUGGCAGCCAAGAAAGCCGCCGAGAAGGCGGCUAAGAAGGCCGUCAAGAAGCAAGUGGCUAAGAAACCCGUGGCUAAGAAGGCCGCAAAACCCAAGACAUCCAAACCAAAGAAGCCCAAGGCGAAGAAGGCUACCACCCCCAAGAAGACGACGACCAAGAAACCGACCGCGAAAUCUGCCGACUACUCUUAUUGUCGUGCACUUCGGCGUAGACAAAGUUUAUUCGACAUGGCACGUACCAAGCAGACCGCCCGUAAGUCCACCGGUGGCAAGGCCCCCAGGAAGCAGUUGGCAACCAAGGCCGCUCGCAAGAGCGCCCCGGCUACCGGCGGCGUCAAGAAGCCUCACCGCUACAGGCCCGGCACCGUGGCCCUGAGAGAGAUCCGUCGCUACCAGAAGUCGACGGAGCUGCUCAUCCGCAAGCUGCCCUUCCAGCGCCUGGUGCGGGAGAUCGCCCAAGACUUCAAGACCGACCUGCGCUUCCAGAGCUCGGCGGUCAUGGCUCUGCAGGAGGCCAGCGAGGCCUACCUGGUCGGUCUCUUCGAGGACACCAACCUGUGCGCUAUCCACGCCAAGCGGAACAUCGCACCUGCCUGUAUCAUGUCUGGACGCGGCAAAGGAGGCAAGGGUCUCGGAAAGGGAGGCGCCAAGCGUCACCGCAAGGUGCUUCGCGACAACAUCCAGGGCAUUACCAAGCCCGCCAUCCGUCGUCUGGCUCGCCGAGGCGGCGUCAAGCGCAUCUCCGGCCUCAUCUACGAGGAGACCCGAGGUGUUCUCAAGGUCUUCCUGGAGAACGUGAUCCGCGACGCAGUGACCUACACCGAGCAUGCCAAGCGCAAGACCGUCACCGCCAUGGACGUUGUCUACGCUCUCAAACGCCAAGGCCGCACCCUCUACGGCUUCGGUGGCUAAAAGAUCCGACUGACUUAUCAUCGCAAGCAAACCCCGGCCCUUUUCAGGGCCACCCAAAUGUCUUAGAAAGAGCUGUAUUUUCUCACAACCAUCUCACACACGUACACACCCAGUCGACUCUAAUAAACAACGACAACACAUAAAGUACAUUCUUUCAAAACCCAAGCAAGCAAGCAAUCACACCUGUCUGUGCUCACGUACGAUUGUAGUUCUCAAUAAUCGUUUGCGUUUGUUUAUUAGUUGUCUUUAUUCUGUGUGUUUGUAUGUGUUUUUGAUGAUGGAUGCGCAUGGGUGAUGUUUUCCUUGGCUGAUGUUGUGAUCUUUGCUGCUUUUCUUGUAAUUAGCGGAUGUUUGUUGUGUGUGGAAGGAGACAUGUAGUACAAUGUGAUGUGUUUUCUGUGCGCGGCGGAUGGAUCUUGAUGUGUGUGUUCUA